AUGGCAAUCUGCAAGCCAACUCUGUUCAAUCAGUUUGGACUCACACUGUAUGGUGCUGAUUCUAUCUUUGGGUUGAAUGUUGGAUCUUGCCAACUCUCUCAAUUCAAGCAUCCCACUGCCGCAUGCUUAAGUUCAUCAGCAACCACUGGCGUGCCUACCGACCAUUUUGAUAUAUGUAUUGUUGGAGCAGGAAUCAUUGGGACUGCUGCUGCCUGUGCAAUGGCACAAUCACCCUAUUCUUCUGGAAAACGAAUUGCCUUGAUUGAAGCUGGCGAUCUUUUUAAAUCACCUGUGCUGAUGCCUGGACAGUUUGCAAAUCGUGUCAGCUCCAUAACUCGUGGAUCGGCCCUGUUUCUUGAUCAGAUUGGUGUAUGGGAUCGUAUUUUGGUAAAACACCCCUACACUAAAAUGCAUGUAUGGGACGCAUCAUCUGAUGGAGUCAUGGCAUUUGAUGCAGACUCAUCUCAAGUAGAUUUAAAACCACAUGGAGAGCCUGCAAUUGGAUGGAUAGUUCAAAAUCAUCUCAUUCAAGCAAGUUUGGCACAAAUAGUCUCGCAGACACCUUCAAUCACCAUCUUUAAUUCUUCUACUGUUACAGAUAUUUCAGCAGACGCACUCUCUGGAGUUCCUACAGUGGUGUUAAACAAUGGACAUCAGUUUUCAUGUCAGUUGUUGGUUGGAGCAGACGGAAUGAAUUCAAAAGUCAGAGAGUUUGCAGGAAUUGAAUCGAUUGGGUGGGACUACAACAUGCAUGGUCUAGUAGCAACACUACAGGUUGAUGAUAGUGCGUCUGACAAUGACACUGCGUGGCAACGAUUUUUGCCAACUGGACCCAUUGCGAUGCUUCCUCUGGCAAAAGGAUACGCUUCAUUAGUAUGGUCUACCACUCCACACCUUGCAUCGCUAUUCAAGAAAAUGUCGGAUGCUCAUUUUGUCGAGUUUGUCAAUUGUGCCUUUCAUAACCCACUCCAAGAUCUACAGUUUGCAUGUGAUCAGUUACAUCCAGAUGGAUCUAUAGAUGAUUCAGUGAAUCUCAAAGAUGAGAUUGCAUGGGGACUCGAACGUUCAUCUGGAUCUGGAUCUGAAUCUGGGGAAAGUAGAAAAGCAUUGCGUGUUAUUGGAGUUCAGCCAUACAGUCGUGCACCUUUUCCAUUGCGACUUCGCAACUCCACAUCAUAUACUAGUACUCGAACGGCACUUGUUGGAGAUGCAGCGCACACAAUCCAUCCACUGGCAGGACAGGGACUUAAUUUGGGAUUAGCUGAUGCACAGUCACUUUGCAAAGCUAUUGAACAAGGAAGCCAGCACGGUAGUGAUGUAGGAUCGAGUAGCGUUUGUGAAGCCUAUGGACGCGAUCGGUUUGCAAAAGGAGUUGGAAUGCUAGCAGCAGUUGAUGGAGUAGCACGAGCAUUUGGAGGAAUGAUUCCUAGUGCAUUGCGUAGCACAGGAAUGAAUCUGAUCAACUCAAGCAGUGUUGUCAAGAAGACUAUUAUGAAUUUGGCUUCAUAG